UUGUCUUUUUGUGCAGCUGUUUGAUGAUUAAAAAGAAAAUGGUGGUCAUAUUUUAUUUCCUGUUGUUGCUCGGAGACGGACGUGUCAUAAAUGGUUACAACUUGGAGACAAAAACCAUUCAAGUGGGUAAAAAUGUGACCCUGACAUGUCCUCGCCUACCAACCAGUCAAUCCCAAAAUAUGUUUUGGGUCAAAUUUUCUUCUGGAAACUGGCCUGAAUCUCUUGGACAAACAAUAACUUUUGAUUAUGAAAAGGUUUUUCAAACUCGUCAUUUUACAACAAAACAAGGGAAAGGAACGUUUGUUCUGCAUAUAAAAGAAGCUCAGCGUAAUGACACUGCGCUUUACUAUUGCGUCAAAGUUGAAUCAUUAAAGCUGGUAUUUUUGAAUGGAAUUUUUCUGAAGAUUGAAGGCCCAGAAUCAGCUCUCACUGCUGUAAUUCAGGAGCCUCUAUGUGACCCUGUCUUUCCAGGAGACCGGGUGACUCUAAGGUGUUCGGUUUUCUCUGAUUGUGAGAGCAGAACAUGCCCAACUGAUCACAGGGUAUAUUGGCUCAAAACUGAACCAGAUGAGUCUCAUCCCAGUUUAAUUUACAUUGAUGGAGAAAGUGGAAAUGAAUGUCUGGAGAAUCAAGAAUGUGUCUACAGUUUCUCCAAGGACAUUAAAGCCUCUGAUGUUGGGACUUACUACUGUGCUGUGGCCACACAUGAAGAGUUAUUUUUUGGAAAUGGAACAUUUUUGCAUGUUCAAGAACAAUUCAGUUUUUGGAAGUCUAAAAUACUUCUACUGCUGUGCGUGGCUGUGGGUGGAUGUCUAGUUGUCAUUAUGUGCCUCAUCUACACCUUGAUGAAAAAAGCUUCACAUCUUUGCAACGAUGCCGUCACAGGAUGUGAUACUCAGCCGAAAGAACAGAGAGAUGCACACUGUUUGGUUUAUUCUGCCCCAACCUUCACCAAGACCAAUGUUGGAAAAGCAGAAAGACGAAAAAUAAAAGCAACACAUGAGGAGACAAUCUACACACAUGUCAGGAAUUUAGGGAUUCAAUAAUGUCUAAUUAAUUUAGCCAAUUAAUGCCAAUCAUUGUUUUUGUGAACACUCAGAAAAAUGGUGAGUGUAACCAGUUCAGAGGAUUUUUUUACACCAUUCAAACUGGCUGUCCUUAUAUGAAAGAUUGUAUAUAUUUCCAUAGUUUAUUCUUUGCACAUCAUGUUUUUUUGCAAUGUUGACUCUUCCAAUGGCUGUCAUGCUAUGAAUUUUAUGUUAAAAGUUAAAAGUGAAGAUUAGAUUAUAUUUUAGCAGGGAGCAGCAUACGCAAAAAUCUGAAUUUAUUUUGUUGCCUGCUAUAAAUCUUCAAAGGUAUGUUUUAAGAAAUGUUUUAUAGUCAAAUAUUUAGCUUUUUAUGUUGUUUGCACUGAAUCUGAAGAUCUUAAUCCCUAUUUUUAAAUACACUUAUAAAAGAUAGUCUACAUGUAAUCCAGACUGAAAUAUCACCAUUGUUGAAUGAUUAACAUUUUUUGACCACA